AGCUCUAUAAAGCUGCAGCUCUGGAGCUUCAGCCUCAGUUCGAGCUGCGGGAAUCGAACAGUGAACUUUGUCACUGAGGAACUUUGCACGUUCACUUCAGAACAAACAGACUUUUCUGGACUUUUCUGGAUAAAAACACUGGAAUCAUGAAAUCUCCAAAGCUCAAAGCCCAAGCGGACCUCGUGCACGAGCAGGACCUGAGUGACGUCCUGUGCGAGUUCGACGCGGUGAUGGAGGACUUCACGUCGCCGGUGGAGAAACGUCACUUCCGGUACGACGAGCACCUGAAGACCGCGAAGAGGAGGAGCAGCGCAUGCGUCAGCGACAGCGGCAUCAGCGACUCCGACAGUGCAGAGUCUCUGAACAGAAACAGCUUCAGCUUCAGUGACGAGCGGCUGAAUUCUCUCUCCGUGUUCUCGCCCUCCGCCGCCUCGCCGCCGCCGCUGACGUCACCGAAACCCAGACUCGGGGACACCAAGGAGCUGGAGGACUUCAUCGCCGACCUGGACAAGACGUUAGAGAGCAUGUGACACGGAGGCUGGCAGGCGGAGUGAAGCCACGAGAGAGAGAGAGAGAGGGGGGGGGU